AUGGAUCCGCCGCAUAUCACCGAGUUCGCUUCCGAGCGCUACUUCAGCAAACUCAAUCAGCUCAAUGAGUCCCCUGCGACCCGCGAAGCCCAGCAGCUUCACCAAUUACGCCAUCCUCAGACGCCAUCCUCUCAACCGUAUCCCUCCCCGCCGGUAUCAUCUCAGUCUACCUCUACCUUUAUCCUACCAUUACGAACGUCGAAGUCAAACGAAGGCAAUACCGAGACUCCCCGACCUUCAGACCAGAAGCGUACUGAGAAGAGUCGACUCUUCAGCCUGAGAUCCAAGGUCUCGAUCCUCCAAAACAAGUCAACAUCUCAGAGUUUCGAGAUCCUGGCACGCUAUUGUGACAUUAAAUGA